GUCAGAUUAGCAAUUGGCCAACUUCUGCUUCUAUGCAAUGUGCCAAGGAUUGCAAAUUAACGUCAACGCUUUCUACGAAAAAAUUUAUUAAUUGUGCUAUUCCGCUACUCAUAACAGCAAAAUUAAGAUAGUACCUGGAAUCAUUACAUGCAGUUGAAGUAGUUUAUUGAAUAUGGGUGAAGAUUGUCGUUACAGUUUCCCUGCAGCUGAAUCCACCAAGCUAAACCAUUCCGGAAGUUUCAGAUGGGGACUAACUCCUAUUAGCAAAAGGAGUCGUAGCAAUUCCACAAACUUAAUACACUUGAAUGCGAGUUCCGAUGAGAGCUUAUCCGAAAAGUCUAGGCACAGAAGUGUAUUGAAAAUAGAUCCAAGAAUAGCCGCUGAUGUCCAAAGUAAAGGUUUGGCGUCGAGAAUUGUCAAGUAUCACGAAAAUGAGAGCCGCUUGAACCGCAGCAUGUCUGCACAUAACCUUUACAGCAGACCAGGGUUAUUCCCACUAAUAACGCUUAAGAAAACUGAAUUGCCACAUCGGGCCACCAAUCAACAACCAACCAUGACAAGAAUAGCACCCCCGGAUAAGUCCAUGUUUUAUGGCAAUACUCUAUCGAGUCUUUGGCGAUCAAACUCCGUUGUGGGCCUGCAAAAGAGCGAUGAAGAUAUUUCUCAAGAAAAUCGGCCUAUUAUACACCCCCCUCCAACUGAAAACGACAUGGCCCCCACCCGCAGUGUUCUGGAUGUUCUCAAAGAGAUUUCCCGUAAAAGAAUCAAUAGCGAUGAUGUGGGCGCUUUGGAGUCAUCAAAGAAAAACCGCAUUGGAAAUGACCUAAUGGAUGGGGGAAUAACUACUUCUCACUCAAGUCUGCCACCAACUACGGUAUCGGGAGUCACUAGCGGUUUUAAAAGGCAACGUGACGCCAACUCUUACGGCAAGGCGGAUUUAAGUUCGUGCAGAAUUCAAGAGGCAAACAAAUCUCCUGAACAAAUGAAGAAACGAGUUUGCAAUUACAACAAUGACAUAAUCAGUUCUCUCAGUUCAAGCGCAAAACGUAAACCAAAUGCAGGCAAGAGGGUCGCGUGCGAACAAAAUUUGACAGUGCCAUCUUAUUUAGAGUCUUCGGAGAGACAACAAGUAAAUGUACAAAAUUGCAACGAAAGCCAAUUCACAACAGACAAAAGAUUUGUUAAUCGUGCAAAUGAUUGCGAAAAAUCUGACGUACUCCAUUUCACACAUGGAGUUAUACCUCAACGUAGUAAAUCAGAAGGCGCCAGUACUAGCGGGUUAUCGGUUCAGAGUAUGACCAAACCGCGCUUAACUCUUUUUAACAAAAACUACGACCCUAGUCACGAUGAGCCCGUCGGGGAUGUAGGCAAUGGUGAUAAUUUGGACGAGGACAGUGAAUGUGCAGGCAUAUAUUUCGUUAAGCCCAAAAAGCUAAUUUCAACUGGCUUGAAAAAUCCCGUUAUAGAAAGAACUCAAAAAUCAAAGUUGGCCCUAAUGUUAUCGGGACUAAGGGGAGAAUUAUACCCGGCUGAGGAAAGUGAUGAAUUGGACUCUUCGAAGGAACCAAAAAUGCAAUCAACAAAUGACGUAAAUCUAACUAAGGAUUUCACAACAAGCAAUCCACCAACUACAAGCAGUUCAGAAAAAGCGGUCGCUUCAUCCAUCGAAAAGGACCCACAAACCGAUUCACAAAAAAUAAAAUCUGUUGGGGUGGUGGAUAAGACGCCAGAUGUGAGAAAAACUUCCCCGUUAGUUGGAAUUAAAUUGACACCACAGAAAGCAGCGCCAAAAUUGGACUUACCGCAGAGCCUAGAAAUCAAUAAACAAACCAAUACCCCAAUUCUAGGAGGUUUCACUGGCAACAGCUUAUCUUCAGAUACAGGCAAAAACUGCGACAAGAUUUCUUCGACGAAUCUGACAUUGGUUCCAUCAACGAAAACGACACAAUUUGAAAUGAAGAAACCAACGCCGAACAACGAUACUGCUUUGAAAACUCCUGCAUUUAGUUUUGGAACACAUUUAUCUGACUCGUCUAAAAUGCCCGUAAGUUCCUCAAAACUCACAUUUGUAACUGGCUCGAAUGUUGCAGAGCCAAAAGACAGCAACAUUAACACAUUGGUUAAGGCAAAUGUGUCUACAAACAGUCCCUUAACUGCUACUGAGUCUUCGAAUAAUUCUAACUUAUUAAGCAAUAAAUUAAGUUUUGGCGGCAACUCGACCCUAGAAGGUAAAUCGCCGUUGACAACUGCAACAUCAUCGUCGGCUUCUUUCACGUUCGGAUUAACCUCCAAUACGUCGACGGCGGCCGAUCGUAAAAGUGCUGGCUUCUCAACUACCACUACUGCUUUAAAUGGACAAUUCUCGUUUAAUUCUUCACAAACGCCAAACGCUUUUGGUUUCGGCACCACAACCACAACCAAUAGCAAUCCAGGUGUACCAUCUACGCUCGCUACAAACACUAACAAAGCAGCAACUACUUCAAACGCAGUCCUGGUACCAGCUACGACUUCAAAGUCUAAUGUCUUCGGAUCUGCAAAUGUGUCUUCAGUUUCUGGCACAGAAAACGGCGCACCAGUGUCAUCGGUCUUUGGUAACCCCUCACAUUCGAUUGAAAAAUCACCCGCAACCAUUUUUGGUACAAAAUCAGAUGUCAAGGAAGUGCCUGGCAACGACUCUGCCACAAAAAAGGAAGGAUUUACGUUUGGGCCUAACGCAAAAGCCCCAAGCACCACAUCAUUUACGUUUGGUAGUUCUGUUAUUCCAAAUGAAAGUGCUAAACCGUCAAUCGGCGAUAACAACAAACCCUUUUCAUUUUCUACAGCCCCCAAUGCAUCCGAUAAAAUGAGCUCUACCAUAUUUUCCACUUCCUUGUCUCAAACAUCCCCGUCUGGAUUUUCCUUUGGGCAGAGUAGUGGAAUGAACGAUAAACAAAGUGCAUCGCAGGCAUUUAGUUUUGGAUCCAAUAACUCCAUGCCAACCUCAAGUCUUCAAUUGAAUAAUUCGCCUGCGGGCGGGUUUUCAUUUGCGUCAUCACCGGUAAAGCCUAACGUAGCGCCCAAUUCUAGCAAACCAUUCAGCUUUGGGGCCCCGACUCCGUUAACUAAUUCGUUAAAUAAUUCACCUGCGGAAGGUUUUUCUUUCGCGGCUUCAUCGGCCAAGCCUAAUAACACGUCCCAGUCUAACAAACCAUUCAGCUUCGGAGCUCCUCCUUCGAAUACCUCUCAAAACCAGGGAGUUCCUAAUAAUGUCCAGAACUCCACAAACCUAUUUGCCUCACCAGUGGCCAAUGUAACAACAGCGCAACCAGCUUUUAACUUUGGAUCUGCAGCAUCACCGAAUAACCAGCAGACAUCAAGUAUGACCAAUAACAUUUUUGCUGUGCCAGCUACCAGAGCGCCUCCCGGUGGCGACCGUCCCAUACGCCGAGCUACCAGACGCUUGCAAAAGUGACCCCACAGAGUAACCAAUUACGUUAAUCGAUAACCUCUUUAAACAAGGGCUGUGCCUUGCGAAAAGGACAAUGUUUAUGUUACAACAGACAAUUGACACACAACCACUGACAAUUUUGUGCUUAGAACUAGUACAUCUUUUUUCUGGCGCAAUGGGAAGACGUAGCUUCCCUUUUGAAGCUCUUUGAUUUGAGAAAAUUGGACAGCUUCUAUAGCACCUAAGACAUUUUUCAACAAUGAUCAGUAAUACUCUUGGAUCUAAAAUACAGAUGAUUCUGGUGGAAGAAUAAAAACUUAUUUAUACUAAAAAUUGUAAUAAAGAAAAAACAAAUGAUCAAUGGAA